AUGGCUGGUCCCGGCAUUCACCCCUACCACCAGCCUUGGGCGCCUCAGCCGCCCCCUCCGAUUCCCGUGGAAAACCCUAGCCGAGCUUCCAUGGACGAGGUGAGAAACGUCUUUCAAUGUGCGGCCAUCUGAAGAUUUGAUGUGUAUUCGAUUUUAUUGAUAUUUAAUGUUUGAGCGCUUUGCAGGUGCGAACGGUAUUCAUAACUGGUCUUCCUACGGAUGUGAAGGAGAGAGAGCUCCAGAACCUGCUGAGGUGGCUGCCGGGUUAUGAGGCGUCUCAGAUCAAUCUGAAGGGCGAGCAACCCAUGGGCUUCGCCCUGUUCUCAAGCCCUCAGGCUGCCAUGGCUGCCAGGGAUGCGCUCCAGGUAUUUAGGCAUCGUGUCCGUUGGGUAUUUGCGUGGUUCUUUCUGGCAUCGGUUUUGACUCUUUCGGACAUUUUUCUUGGGCCUAGAACAUGGUGUUCGAUGCGGAGUCGAAGUCCGUUUUGCACACAGAGAUGGCGAAGAAGAAUCUUUUCGUUAAGAGAGGUCAGUUUUUUCAGAUAUUCGGAAGGUUCAUCCUUUUGGACUAAUCUAUCAUAUCAUGAUUAUAUAUGUGCCCAGUCUGUCUGAUUUUCAUAGGAAUUUGGCGUAAAAAGCUUACACUAGGAUUUAGACCCAUCAGUCAUGCAUUCCGAUUGCCAGUGUUUGAAAAUGCAGUCAUAACAAAACUUUCAUACAUUUAUGAUCAUAAGUUUAGAAUGCUAGAACACAAACUUGCUCAGUGGCGAGCAGGUGGAUGUGACUUCUUGUCGAGUUUCAGUUCUGUCCGAACUAGCCGAUGGAUGGUGUUGGCCUAUUUGAAAAGUCAGUUCUUUAAUUUCUUUUUUCCUUUUUUGGACAUGGGUGUGGGAAUUAAGUCCUGAAGGUUAUUUUUCCUAGGAUUUGCAUCAUCGAAAGAAGUUAUUUAAGGGUAAAUGCCGUCCAUUCCUGCGCGUUUAGUAUACUAGGAAGCCGGUACUCGGAUUGGAUUUCACUCUGGAUAUUAUCAGUUAACCUUCAUUUAAAGUUAUUUUUGGGGUAGAACUGAAAUUUUCCAAGCUAUCCUAAUUGCUAAAGCCUAUUGUCUCAGUCCAUGUUAUCCAGACGAUUACCCCCUCCCCAUGUCAGAUUUGCUACUACUGAAUGCGGCCGGUCGAUAAGUAGUGAUCCUGAGUUGCUGCUGAGAACUGGUUCGUGGUGUUCUUGCAGCUGACUACGUAUCAAUUUAACUCAUUUGGCAUCGUGUGGUAUCCCAUGUAGAGAAUUCGGGGUUUGUAAAAGACAACCAGCUGAUAUCAACCAUAGAUAUAAUUUAUUUAUCAUGUUGAUCAGUAAGAUUCCUAUCAUUUCAUCAGACGCAUUCUUGUUUAUUAUCUUCACUUUAGAAAAAAAUAUAUUUAUAGAAAUUUAAUACUUCUUUAAUCAUGCAAUUCAUGUUUUUCCAAUUUUUAAAAAUAAAUUACCAGUUAAAAGGAAAUCCCAUCUUUUCUGUCCCUCACAUAUUUCUAUGAGCUCAUUUGACUUAAUUCCCAUUGUCUGUGUCUGUCAUUUUAGUCACAGCCCGGUGGGCAUAUAGUCACACAGGAGUAUUGAAAAGCACAUCAAGGGGAUUUCAAUACUUUUCUUGCCAAAUAAUGAGUAGCUCGAAUUUUGGAAACCGUUUUUAAUCUUGAACUUUGUGUAUCACUCGCAUUAUAAUAUUUUCCUGAUAUAUUUUUUUCAGAAUUAUCUUUUUUGAAUUUAUUGCAUGAUAUUAUAACUUUCCAACGGUGGAUAUGCAGACAAAGCUAAACAUUUACGGUCAACAGUAAAGUCUGUGAUAUUAUUUGACAUCAACCCAUCGUCUCACAGUAAAUGUCAGCUUUCUUGUUUCAGGUGUCGUUGCUGAUUCCAGUUCCUUUGACCAAAGUAAACGCUUGCGGACUGGUGGUGAUUACACCCACGCAGGCUAUGGAAGCCCUGCUCCUUUCCACGCUCACCCUCCUCCUGGGCCUGUCUGGGGCCCCCCCGGGUAAAUUUUCUCCUACAGCCAAUGCUUCAGCAAUGACUGUGGAAAACCAUCUUCUUUGGACGAAAAAAAUACAAUUAAAUAUUACAUCCGGAAUAUAAGUUCUUGCCUGAUUAUGGAUCUCUGAAACUUGGAUUUCAUUCCCUUAUUGGAUAUUUUCGUUUUUCUCUACUUGAUCAAAGGUACAUGGCCCCUCCGCCACCGCCGCCAUAUGAUCCAUAUGGAGGUUAUCCUGUUCAGCAGCUACCCUUGCCUGCUCCUGCUCCUGUGCCUGCUCCCAGUGGCUACGCCCCUGUUCAGGUACUACUCGUGAGUUCUCUCUUCCCAGCAGAUCUUCGGGGUCUUGCUUGAGCCUCCACCUUACUGUUUUCAUAAUUUUUCACUUUUUUCUCCUUUUGAAUCUUCAUCAUAUCAUCAUCAUCAUCAUAUAUCACAAUUUAAAGCUUUGAGUCGACAACUGAUGGCUUGAUGUUGAUUGGGGUGAUGAUCGCAGACAUUAAUAUGCUGUCAGAUUUUUGGAAUCGCGGUUAUACUAGUGCAAUAUUUUUUCCUCACAAUCUUCCAUCUGUUCUAUAGAAUAUGAAGGACAACCCUCCCUGUAACACACUCUUCAUUGGCAAUCUCGGAGAGAACAUCGUCGAGGAAGAACUGAGGGGCCUCUUCAGCGUGUAAGCAUCAUCCUGAUCUAAAAGGUUACCCGGAACAAGAAUCACAUCCUUCCUGAUUUUUUUCCACUCUCUCUCUCUCUCUCUCUCUCUCUCUCUCUCUCUCUCUCUCUCUCUCUCUCUGUGCUGAUUUGCAGCCAACCAGGUUACAAGCAAAUGAAGAUCUUGCGACAAGAGAGAAACACCGUUUGCUUCAUUGAGUUUGAGGUCUGUUUUCUCACUCCUCUUCUCUCUUCUCUCUCUCUCUCUCUCUCUCUCUCUCUGGCUCAUGCUCAGCUUCCAUUAUUUUCUAUUUUCAGGAUGUGAACAGCGCGACAGUUGUUCAUCAGAACCUGCAGGGCGCAGUGCUGCCCAGUUCUGGACGCGGAGGCAUGAGAAUACAAUAUCCUUUCAUGUUUCGAUUAUUGAUCCUGAGCCACUUCUAGAAUAAAUAUUCAUUAAUUAUCUCAAAAAAAUCGCGUGCUAUUUCUGGAAGAUGCCCUUUUUUUCUUUUGAAUAUAAAAUUCCCCAAUUUCGCUUGCUUUUUUUUCUUGACAAUCGAAACGUUCUCGAAGAACCCAUUCGGGAAGAGGAAGGACUCGGUCAACGGCCCGGGACCCGAAGUCAACGGAGCUCCGUACUAG